UUUUUUGGCUCAGGUCAAAUCUGCAGUCAUAUGAGGGGAAAAGUCAGCGAGUGCAGCUGAAUGUUUCCUCAUGCAUGCAGCAUUUUGACAUUUGAACAGACUUUUUGAAACUGCACAAUCACCUGCAGGCGUUUUCCAUCUUCCAGCACGAACUCCCUCGGACACCUCAGCAUCGUCCCCUGAGUCAGAUCAGAUCUCAGUCUUCCUUUGGCUUUUAAUUGUUAAUCACUGACUGGUUUGCCAGUCAGUAUACUGGCAUUACCUAGUGCAAACAGCCUCAUUGUGCAGGAGGCCUGGGGGUGUGCCGCUGAGUAUAAAUAGUUGAACAAAGGCCCCUUUGCAGUCGACAAGAGGCCGAAACCCGAAACUCUGAGUGAUUCCUCCCUCUAGUAACUCUAAACCCUCACACACUCACAGACUCGACCAGAGAGAGAUAUAGACUCCAGGAUGUGAAGAGCGAUUGUCCACCCUCCUGUAGAUGUGCUUGAGAAGACCAGACCAGCAAGAGGACCCACCCACCCCUUCCUCCUGCCUUUGUAUCAGCUGAAAAAAGAAGAAGAAGAACCCUAGUGGACCACACCCAGAGCCCCAACAGCAUCAGGAAGGAGCCUCCUCCUCUCACUUCUCAGACUUUUUACUCGCGGUCAGGACGGCUUGUGUAUCUUUGUGCUCAUCAGCAAACUGGAAUAUCUGCUUUGUCUGCCUGUGUGUGUCAUAUUUAUCAGUGUGUGUGUGUCUGUGUGUGUUCUGACGCCACUAAGAGCUGCCACCAGUCUUAUGUCUCCUGUCAGGAUGUCUGCAGGACCAGAGCUGCUGCUGCUACCUCUGGCCCUCCUGGUGCUCCAAGCAUCUCGGUGCCAUGGAGCCUGCGUGGAGGUGGACUCGGACACAGAGGCCGUGGCCAAUGAGGGCUUCAAACUGGGUUGCAUCUCCUGCAAGAUGAGGGGCGAGGUGGUGGCCUGGGCCUCCGUCAACUGGUUCUUCAAGGCUUCAGAUGAGACCAACUUCUCCCAUCUUUACAGCUACGAAAACCAAGAUGGCCUAAUCAUCGACUCACGUUUCUACAAGCGUCUGGGCUGGAAGGGCAGCAAGCACACCAAUGACCUGCAGGACGGCUCCAUCUUCAUCCGCAACGUGACCUACAACGACACGGGGACCUACCUAUGCAUAUUCUACCGCACCCUCCAGUACUCCAACUACGAUUAUCCAACCAUCACCAAGAAGAUCAUGACCAUUAACGUGGUGCCGCAAUUCACCAGGGGACUGGCAUCCAUCUUGUCCGAGGUGAUGAUGUACGUCACCAUCAUCGGGCUGCAAUUCUGGCUGCUGGUUGAGAUGAUUUACUGCUACAGGAAGAUCUCAGUGGCCGGAGAGGAAGCUCUGAGGGAGAGCGCGGCGGAGUAUUUAGCUAUAGCAUCGGAAAGUAAAGAUAACUGUGCAAGUGUCCAAGUGGCAGAAUAGCACUGGUCAAGAAAGAAUUCAAGACAACUUCCUUGAGGAAUCUCACCUCCAUUUGUUUUGCUCCACCUUCUCUCCUCUCACCGUCCCACACCACCGCCCUCCAUGCUCUAAUGGAACCACGGAGAGGAGACAGAUCUCCACAGAACAGUUCUUUAAAGUGACUUCCAACCAGAAGAACGAGAAACACUGAGCUGUGUCCUGUUGUGAGGGACAGGGUGGACGCAUCAGGUGGUGGUUCAACAGUACACAGAGAGACACCUGUACUGUAUAUAUACUUGUAUAGUCUGCACAGAUAAUCUUUGAACACAUGUAGAAUAAACUGUAGGCCGACAUUGUAUAUUCACUAUUUGCAUGCUAACGAGAUUAUUGUAUGUUGGCAUCAGGGUUCCAUCGAUAAGGUUUUCAUCCAUAAAUCCAUUUUUCAAUGAAUAAGAUGAGGUCCACAGCUCAAUUUUAGUCCUAAAGUUCAGUGUUUCAUUUCACAAGGAUGAAAGCAUCAAGUAUCAGGUAUUUCCCCCCAGAAUCUUACUAAAAUGAGCCUUAAUUUAAAGCGUUUGGAUCCUGCUGAAUGUUUAGCUCGUCACCUUCGGCUGUUUGAAGGAGACUGAAGACAUUUUCAGAGUUUAGAGUCAUCAGCCCUCAGGUAAAAAGGUAAAUACGGUAACGAGACACCGUAAAUUCAGGGUUAAACGCAUUGGACUCAGAAAGCAGCUGAGACGAGGCUGCUUCAUGUUAAACUCUGACACAUCACAGUCAUGUUUCUGCUGCAGUGUUUCCCGUGAUCCUCGGAGCUCAUGAUGCACAAAUCAACAACAAAAUGUUUCCUGCAGCGACAACGGAAAUUAAAUUUAAACCCGGACACCAGCUGAAUUUCUCGGCCACUUUCCGCUGAACACAGCAGGUUUGAUUUGCUCUUUUAAAUCUCUUGUAAGCUUCAGUGCACCUGAGGCUGAAAGUGUGACUUCCCUCGACAUAUGGGACGAUGACAGCACCUCACUGAUAUAGAUAAAAACUAAAAAGAUCAGCUCUACCCAUUUCUCCUGAGGUAAAAUCUUUUUCAGACUUUCCUGCUGCAGUGUUGGAGAAACUUAAAGUUUUUUUGCAAAUUGCUAAAAGAAUCGUGUCCAGUGAGCCUCCGCGAUUAACGAGGGUGGAAACCAAAGAAAAGCAAAGAGCUGAAGUGUUUGUAAAAAGAUAAAAAAGUUAUUGACUAACACCAGGUGGCAGCCAAACACUGUCGCUCCGCUUGUUUACUCAUCUUCUCUUCUCUACAUUUUGAGGUGCAGAAUAGAUCGACACACACAAACUGAGAAAUUCAUUCAGAAUAUAUUUUUUCUGUCUGAAUAAGCAAAGAACACGAUGUCAAAAAUGAAGCUCACAAGAUGUGUUUAUAUGUGUGAAUGAAAGAAUACGUUUUCCCUUAAUGUGUCUUGAAUGGACGAUUCUUGUCCCCGGUGGUGUGGUUGCAUGUGACUGAAGUUAAUCCACACAUUUAAAAUAAAUAAAUAAAAAGGGAUGUUGGUGGAAUUAGGGACAAGAAGGUCACUCACACACACACACAUGCACACACACGUUGCAUUCUGCAGGACGAGGACAGGGAUGCAAUCACCACAGUAAUCCUCACUGCUGGCAUGAUGAAAUGGCCAAAACGAGAGAUCAGCGCACACACAACCACACAACCACACACACACACACACACACACUCAGUGGACUAAUUUGAGGGCAACAGUGUACCUGUGAACAUGUAACAUGUGACUGUUCCUGAUGAGCAAUUCAAUGCCAUUUAUCGUUACUCAAAACUACUCAGAGGAUUCCAUGAACAUUUUUGCGUGACCAAAAGAAGAAACCCUAAAAAUGUGGAUCUGGAUAAACGGGCGUAGCCAGGAUUUUUAUUCUUAUCUAACCAUGGUGAAAUAGGGCGUUAGCCAUGGCGCUUUCCGAGUGACCUUCUAGUUUUAAAAUCCACUUGACAACGAUGUCUGGUUGUGACUUUGACGUUAUCGCAUGAAGUUGUGAUGAACUGCAUCAUAUUUGAAGGAUAAGUACAAAUCUAUAGUCGAUGAUUCUAAAGUCCAAACAUAAAGACGUCCACAACAUAAACAAGUCACAAGAGGGCAGAAUCAUAACAGCCAGUUACAGAUGUUAUUAUAAUAAGACCAUUAUUAAAAGAUCCUGAUUUUGAUUUUGAUUCCAGUUUCUGCGUCCUGCACAUCACAUGUUUUAACUCUUACAUACAGUUUAUCCAUAAAUUAUCUUCAUGUUUUUUAUGAUGUAAUGAAUGUUAAUAAUAAUAAAUCUUAAAUCUUG